UGGAGGAAGUGAAACGCGAACGACGAUGAAGCUGUUCUCGCUGCUUUUGCUUAUUUGGCUUCCAAAAUGCAGUCAAGGUAAACACCUGCUUCGCUUCAUGACCUUCUGUCAGAGGGUCGCGCCGGGAGACGGGCAGUACGAUAUUGAAUCUGACGGCGACCAGCUCCUCUACGUCGACCCGGUCGUCUACCUGACGUACCCCCGUCUGCCGGAGUUUGAGCAGCAGUGGAGCCCUGAUCCUGGUCUGGCCGAGGACGCCUAUGUGUCCCUGGGUACCUGCUACUACAACAUCCCCCGCGCCAUAAAGGGAGAGAAGAGUCCUCCAGAGGUCAUAGCCAUCCCUUCCUCCCACAUCUACCCGAAGCAGGAGAUGGAGCUCGGGGUGCCCAACACUCUCCUCUGCUUCGUCAACGACCUCCACCCGCCGGAGGUCCACAUCACCUGGACCAGGAACGGCCGGCUGGUGGACCAGAGCGAGGUCAGCCAGACCCAGUACUACUCCAACAGCGACUUCAGCUUCCGCAUCACGUCCUACCUGAACUUCACGCCGCAGGAGGGCGACAUCUACUCCUGCAGCGUGGCCCACAUCAGCCUGCAGAUGCCUCUCACUCGAUUCUGGGAGGUUGAAGGACCUGCAGACCGGCAGGUUGUGGAGACGGCGGUGUGUGUCUGCGGCGUGGUGCUGGGCCUGAUUGGACUCUUCACAGGACUCGGGUUCAUCAGGAAAGCCAACAGGCCUCUCCAGACGCAGCCGGCGUCAGCAGCUGAAUUCUGAUGUCAGAUCUGUGACUUUUCUUUCUUGUUGCCCUUCUGUGUUUUUUUUUUUUCUUCCGCUGGGCGUGAAAUGAGAGACUCCUUUGUUUCCCCGUCUUAGCUUUAGUUUUUUAUUACACCAACCUUUACUCCAACAGCACUGAACCUGAGCUUCAAUCCUGAAUCCACACUCAGGAGACGCUUAGCUUAGCUUAGCUUAGCUUAGCAUAAAGAGAGGAAACAGAGGAAAACAACCGGCCCGGUUAUCUCCAACACAACACAAGUAACACAAUCCACCUGCGCGCACCUUUGAGGCUGCAUUCAGACCUAAUUGAGUCCUUUGUGACAAAACACGGCUGCUUUAUUUAUUUCAUAAAGGCAGGACUGGCACAAUGGGAUUCAUAAAAACACUUAUUUUGCAGCGUGAACACUGUUUUUCUUCUCUUUCCUUCACAAUCUGAGCUGCCAUGGCAACUUCCUGAAGUUAUAAACAAGAUUGUGAUCCUUAGUAAAAAUACUCAACUGAUAAACAUGAAAAUCCCAGUAAGUGAAACUAUUGGCUGCUCAAUGUGGAAAAGCAUUAACGUACCUCAAACUGAUGUAUUAUUAAAUAUGACAUCAUCAGAUUAUUAACAGUGAAGCAUCAGUGUUCCAGCAGCUUGUUUCUGUUGCUGCAGGUGGAGCAGCUUUAAACUGCUUUAUAUCCAGUUUUAUAUCCAGUUUAAUAUCCAGCAGGUACGUCUGAGGCCUCCAAACAUGAUUAAUGAAGAGAAAAGAGGAAAAGUUCAGAUACAGGAACCUGUUUUCACUCUUUCCCUAAUCUUUGGGUUUUUUGGUUUGAUAUCAGAUCGUUGAAAUGAAACCAAAUCCCUGUUUGCUUUUAACACUGAGUUCUGUAAGAAGACAAACCGGUCAGAACCAGCUGGUUUAACCGUGUGUUGUAUUUUAAAAGCUUGUGAUUUUAGCCACUGUUUGGAAAAAAAAAAAGAAAUGUCUAAAUAAAGCUGUCAGAUGAAUCUAGUGGAGCCGAAAGUUUGCCUGAAGAUCCAGGUGGAGCCAGCAGCUGAUCCGCUGGAUGGACCGGGCUGCUGGGUUUGGAAUGGACCCAUGUUAAAGGGAAAGAGCCGAGAUGGUACUGCUGGGUCAGAAAGCUGUGGAGUAAAUAGGAUGGUUUUGUGUUUAUAUUGUGAGCAACAUGGACUCUGUGUGUGUUACAGAAGCUCAUUUACAUGCAAACGUUUGCCUCGUAUAAGUUUUGUACUUUGGUUGGUUUGUGCCUUAGAUUUGUGAUUUUGUGACGGUUUAACAGCUGAGACACCGAUGGAACGGGCUGAGUGGGUGGUUGUCCUCAGAACAAAGCAGUUAAUGGGUUAGUGUAGAGGAAUGGAAGUAUGAAGUAGUAUUAAAUGGAAAUACUCCUGUGAAGUACCUCAGAACUCCACCAGAACCUGUGGCCUGUUCAUGUCUGACAGAUCUGCAAUUCUAUGGAUUUGCUAUUCAAACUCUUGGAUCACAUGUUGUACCUUAAACUCCCACCAACACAGUGCCCACUCUGAACCCCUCUUUAAACCCUUUUUUAUAUUUUUCUUGCUGAUCAUACUAAAUGAUGUGUUCGUUAGCUUAGAGAUGACUGUUCCUGUGUGUCCUGCUGCUGCCUCAUAGCGACACAUCGGUGGUGUCCAGACUCAUCUGUUGCUCCACUUCCUGUCGAUAUAUUUGCUUUUACGCGCUGCUCUUGAACUCAUCAGCUCAUACAGGUCGACCUGAAGUCACUCUUUCUGGUUCAGAGUGGAGCAGCUCGGCUUGUUUCAGAAUUGAUUUUAGGAUUUUACUUUCACGUUUGAAGCACGUCUCCAGCUAGAUGGCAGAGACGUUGACCUUACAUGAGCCGGCUCGCAGCCUGAGAUCCUCUUUCAAAAGUCAAGGUUUAAAUCUAAAGGUGACCAAGGUUUUGCCUUCAGGACCCCUCAGCUUUGGAUCGAGCUGCCAGAGGAAAUCAGGCUCGCAGCAUCAGUAACUGCUUUAACGUAGUCCUGCUUUUAUGUGAUGUUGUCCUUUUUAUUGCUUAUUGCGGGUUUUUGUCUUCUUGUUUUAACCUGUUGUUUUUUGUAAUCUUGCUUUGUCUGUAGAAGCUCCUGUUUCUGAAGUUCUUUUGAAUACUAAUCAGAAUCAUUAUUAUUUCACACAUUUUCUUCCAUCUUCAGGUGGAAUAUAAUUACUUUUCUACCCAAAAAAUAAAAGAAAACGAAGCACUUUAACCGUGUUUUUCCAUCUUGUUGCACAGUAACGGGUUUGCAGCUCAUUGUGUUUGUCGUGAACGCGUGAGGCACAUGAAGGGAAGUGAGAAAUGUCUGUUCCUGUAUGCAAAACACCCUAAAAUGAAAGAGGACAAUCGUA